AUGUCGAGUCUGGACCGCGUGGUGUCGGAGUUCCGGGAUGCAGCGCAGCAGCGGGGAUCCGAGUGGCUCCAGGAACAGCUCCGGGAUCUUCUUCACGGCGUCGCUGGACAGACGGAGAGGAAGCGAUCAUUGAGGAGGACUCGUCCACCGCAGAGGCUCAGCCCAGGAUCGCCGCGGAGGUCUUCAGUCGGGGUCGGUCGUCACGGUGAGCUGGAAGGGAGUGGCGCUUCGGGUCCAGGCGGCAGAGGGCGGCAGCAGAGGUCGGUCCAGGUCGCAGAGGUGGAGGGCGAGUCCGAUUCGGACGGCCAGGUAAGCGGAGACGGGCUGGCUACGCCGGGGGGCCCAGGAGCGGUUGGGGGUCACGCGGUCAGCGCAGAUCGGGCGGGAGGGGGCCUUGUGGAGUCCGCCCCUCCCCCCGGGUUCCCUGGGGCCGCAGGGGUGGUCGGCGGGCAUGUCUCGCCUCAGGUGGAGGCCUUGCAGCGGGGGCAUCGGAGCCUGCGUAUAAGGGGAGUGAGGGGGGCCAGCAGCCCCUCCCCUCCUCCACCGGCACGGGAUGCAGCGGGCGGGAACGGACAGGCCGCGCCGGCCCGCCACGGGUCGGGCCCAGGAGUUCUAGUCCACGGGGGGUUCGGGGCGCCGGAGGCCCCGCCCCCCAGGGUGCAUAUAGUGGCGAUAGCAGGCCCUACUCGCCUGGGACCGGCGGGUCUCAGGGGGGGCCUUGGAGCAGCAGUCCACGGGGGGAUGUGGACCCCACCCUCCCCCCCCUGGUUACACAACGGCGAGGUAAGGGCCGUGGCUUUCGGCCUGGGGCCAGCGGUUCGCGUGGGGGUCUCGGGGGGGGCAGCCCACCAGGACGUCGGGGGGACCCAGCUACUGCGCCUUCACCGGUCCCGCAGUCCGGCGGGGCCAGGGGGCGGCGACGGACCGGCACCGGGCCACGGGGGGGUAAGGAGAGUGCGGGAUCCGCCCCUCCCCCCGGGUACAGUCGUGGCGGGAGCCCUGGGACGGGGGGCAAGGGGAAGCAGCCGGCGGCACGGGCAACCCAGCGGGGUGCCCAGGGUUGUACUGGUCGGAGUAGUCGCGGCGGCGUACGGUCCGGGUCUCCGUUGCGUGGCCGGGGACUUGACGUAG